CGUUAGGUUACGUCGCUCUGCGUAACACGCAGCUUUACCGGCUGUAAGCGGAUCAGGUGGCCAGAAGAGCCUUGACCUACAGAGCGAGUCCAUCGCGGGUCACAAGAAACCGCGUUUCACCCUCAGAAACUCUAACAAAGCCCUCGCGGCCUGAGGGGAUCCUGUUCCCGCGCUUGCCUUCACUCUCCGUCCAAGUUAGCUGCGAAUCAUGGCAGGUGGGAGGUAGAAACUCGGGUCAGGUAGCUUUAGUUACGGACCGUAACGAUGCCCAACACGAGAGUCCUGAAGCCCAAGCCCGCUGAAACGAAACCCAAAGCGCGGACGGACGAACUGGGCAGCCGCCGCAGCAAACGGGCGUCGAGCUGCCCACGCUGUUACCAGGACAACGCGCGCGACCCUGUUGCCGUGGAGACCAGAGGGCGCGCGCCAAAGGCGACGCCGAAACCACGAGCUGCGGCUCCAGGCGAGUUAAAGGGGACCGAAAACACACGAGCAGCAGCGACAUCGUGCGAGUUAAAGACGACAAAAGCGCGAACUGCGGCGUGUGGAGCCUCGCAGUCUCAGCCACCUAGAGCCCAGCCCAGGAGACACCCCGAGAUCCAAAGCCAUAAAGCCUUUACCGUUUUUGCUCCCAAUCCCAAGAAAAGGCAAGAUAUUCAGAGAAAGGCUGAGGCAGAGCUUGCAGCUCUAGAAGACCUGCGCUUGAGUCGGACUAUGAAUUACGUUUCCAUCUCGCCAAGUGCUGUGGGUGGAUGCUUAACGCUGGAGGAAGUCCGAAUGAAACAGCAACAAGAGAUGCAAAUGAAAAGACGACAAAAACAGAUGAAAAAAUAUGCUUUGGAAACAUCUCCCAUGGUGUUUGGAUGACAUUCUGAGUGUUAGAAAUAAAUUCGUCAAACUUUCUUUGCAGCUGGUGUGAGUCAGAAAAUGUGUCCUUAUGCUCAGUAUACUCUAUGAUAUUUCCUUUCUAAAUGACAACCUUAAGACAUUCACAUUUUUUAUUUUAUUUUUACUUUGUUGAGCCGCAACAAUGUUAUUUUACAUGAGAUGAGUGUAUUCUGUUGAUUUGUGUUGUAAUGUUGAGUUGUCCAGUGUCUAAAAGUGUAAUGACUGUAAAGUUGUUGCUUAUAUUUGAGACUGACAGGAGGGUAAGAAUGAAGGCAUUAUACUUAUUACACGUAUACAACUAUAAAACGAUCAGUUCUGUACUGUUACAGGAAUCUGUAUACACACCAUAGUGACGUAAUAAAGCAUUCUUCUGUGGAAAA